UGGAAAAAAAAAGAAAAGAAAAAUCGACAGCUUGAGGAAGAAAAAAAUAAAAUAAAUAAAAAGCAGUCCUAUCUUAUCCGCUCGCAUUUAACGAGGAUGCGGUCCUGAGGAGAGAGCAUCCUUUUUUUUUUUUUUUUUCACCCCUUCCCCUCCCUCUUACGCGGCUGCGCGGUCGACGAGCGCGCUUCCCCGGGAGGGAGGAAGAAGCAGGACGAGCUCUGGAGUCGAGGACUUGCAUUUUAAGCAAAAAAAAAAGAAAAAAAACGGGAGAAGAGGAGAAGAAGAAGAAGAAGAAGAGUGUCAGAGUCGCCAGAGAGCGAGGAGACAUCGCACAUUCCUCUCACGUCUUCAUCUCUCCUCUUCCUCCUCUCGCCACCGGGAGAGGAGAGGGUGAGGAGAGCAGGAGAUGGGGAACGAGGAGGAAUCCAAACUAUUGCUUCUCAUUCCUCCCGAUGCUUCCCAGCUGCAGCGCCAGCCUGAGCCCGGCAUCGGACAGUGAGCAGGACGCAGCGGGCCACGACGGAACACGACGCAGGAGGAUAUGUGAAGUUGGAACCCCUCUAAACUAACGCUGUGAAGCGGCUCUCUUCCCGGAGCCCGGACUUCACCCACCUGGCGUCGGCGAGGAUGCUGUGGGUUACCCUGCUGAGCACCAUAGCCUUAGGAUGGACCACCCCCGUCCCGCUGCUGGAGGACUCGGAGGAGAUGGACGAGCCCUGCUUCGAGCCGUGCUACUGCGAGGUGAAGGAGGGCGUCUUCCACGUGCACUGCGACAGCAAGGGAUUUACAAACGUGAGCCAGAUCGCUCAGAUAUGGAGCCGGCCGUUCAAGCUCAACCUGCAGAGGAACUCCAUGCGGAAGCUCUACUUCAACAGCUUCCUCCAUCUCAACAACGCCAUAUCCAUCAAUCUGGGCAAUAACGCCUUGCAAGACAUCCACGCCGGAGCGUUCAACGGCCUGGGAAUACUCAAACGGCUUUUCCUACACGAGAACAAGCUGGAGAUUUUCCGGAACGACACCUUCCUGGGGCUGGAGAGUCUCGAGUAUCUCCAGGCAGACUACAACGUCAUUAAAAGGAUUGAGAGCGGCGCUUUCAGGCACCUGCACAAAUUGAGAGUGCUUAUACUGAAUGACAAUCUGAUCCCCGUGCUGCCGAAUUAUCUCUUCCGGUCCGUAUCGCUAACACAUUUGGACCUGAGGGGCAACAGGCUGAAGACCCUGCCCUAUAAAGGGACGCUGGAGUACGUCGGGCGGAGCCUGAUGGAAAUCCAGCUGGAGGAGAACCCUUGGAACUGCGUGUGCGAGAUCGUCCAGCUGAAGACGUGGCUGGAGAGGAUCCCCUACACGGCCCUGGUGGGCGAGAUCACCUGCGAGUACCCCUUCCAUUUACACGGGAAGGACCUCCGGGAGAUCAAGCGCAGCGAGCUCUGCCCCCUGCUCUCCGACUCUGAGAUCGAGGCCAAGUUGGGGAUCCCUCGCAUUCCGUUCAGCAACGAGAACACGUGGCCGACCAAGCCGUCCUCCAUGCUCUCCUCCUUUCACAACACGGCGUCCUCCGCCAUGAAGCCCACCAAAAGACCUCGGCCCACGAGAAACCCCCCCACCCCUCGUAGCAUUUACCCAGGCGUCAACCAGCCCCCCAUCGCCGGCUACCAGACGAGACCUCCGAUACCGAUCAUCUGUCCGGUCGGUUGUCUUUGCAACCUCCACAUUAACGACUUGGGUCUGACGGUGAACUGUAAGGAAAAGGGCUUCCACAACAUCUCCGACUUGCUGCCACGCCCUCUCAAUGCCAAGAAACUGUAUCUCAGCGGGAACCUGAUACAGAAAAUCUAUCGUUCGGAUUUCUGGAACUUCUCAAGUUUGGAUUUACUUCACCUCGGCAACAACCGGAUCUCUUACGUGCAGGAGGGCGCUUUCAUCAACUUGCCGAACUUAAAAAGUUUAUACCUGAACGGGAACGACAUCGAGAGGCUCACACCUGGGAUGUUCCGAGGACUCCAGAUGUUGAGUUAUCUGUACUUUGAGUACAACGUCAUACGUGAAAUCCAGCCCAACUCCUUCUCCUUGAUGCCCAACCUGCAGCUGGUUUUCCUCAACGACAACCUUCUCCGCUCGCUCCCUGAUGACGUGUUCGCCGGCACCGACCUGGCCCGCCUCAACCUCCGCAACAACUACUUCCUCUCUCUGCCCGUGCGCGGAGUCCUGGAGCAUCUGAUCUCCAUAGUCCAGAUUGAUCUUCAUCAAAACCCCUGGGAGUGCUCCUGCGACACCGUCCCCCUCAAACAAUGGCUGGAAAAACUCUCCUCCGUCAUUGUGGUGGGAGACGUCAUCUGUAAGACCCCGGAGUUUGCCAUCGGGAAGGAUUUGCGCUCACUGGGUGUGGAGGUCCUCUGUCCGGAACUUAAGUAUUCCGCAGGCCCCUUGCCGGCUCAACCUGGGGGGCAGGACCUGACCACAGGGAGUACGGGCAUGGGGGAGGCGGGCGGGCGAGACGCAGUGCCGCUGUCAGUCCUCAUCCUCAGCCUCCUCAUACUCUUCAUCUCUGCUGUGUUCGUGGCGGCCGGCCUGUUCGCCUUUGUUCUCCGCCGGAGGAAGAAAAUGCCCUUCAGGAAGCGAUCAGAGGUGGAUCUGACAGGGAUCCAGAUGCAGUGCAGGAUUUUCGAGGACGUGCCGAGGCAGAGCAGCGCCGGCAACACAAGCACACUGGAGAAGCCGACGCCCGGCUUGCAUACUCACACGCACACCAGUCACACGCAUUCCCACGGCCACGUUUAUGACUACAUCCCCCACCCCGUGACUCAGAUGUGCAACAACCCCAUCUACAAGCCCCGAGAGGGGGAGAUAGCGGCCACGGCGGAAAACCGAGGGCAGUUUUCAGCCAAGAAAGACAAUGGCGGCGGCAGGAGCGGCGGCAACUACCGCACCUUGUUCGAGAAAGAGCGAGAGUGGAGCCUGGCCGUCUCCAACUCUCAACUCAACACCAUCGUGGCGGUCAACCACACCGCGGCCGACCUGGCGGGGCUUCACGAGAACGGCGGGCUGUGCCCGACGGUCAUCGACAGCCAGAGGCCCACACCGACGGUGGGUUUCGUCGACUGCCUGUACGGGACGGCCCCCAAACUAAAGGACGCGCACGUGGCGCACGCACACCCGCCCGGCAUGCAGUACCCGGACUUGCAACAGGACGCUCGGCUGAAGGAGACGUUGCUUUUCGCGGCGGGGAAAGGCUGCUACCCCGACCCGUCCCAGAGCGACUACCUGGAGUUAAGGGCCAAACUUCAAACCAAGCCGGAUUACCUCGAAGUGCUGGAAAAAUCGUAUCGGUUUUAACAUCUCUUCAAAACGCCUCCGCCCCCCCUUGAAAAAACGAUAUCUGGAAAAAGCAGCAUGAAAUAAAAUAUAUUCCACUUUCAACAGUGCCGCCCGAAUCAUUACGGAGGAGAGGCUGAUCUCAGAUAUUUCAAAUCAAGUGCCUUUUUUUCCAGAGUAGCCAGCAAUGUCAGCAGCCGUUAUUUUUGUAACAUAAAUAUCUCUAUUUGCUGAGCGAGAGGGAGUUUGCGGCGGGCGGGGGGGGGAAUAAAACAUGGUCAGUGAAAGCCUUUUUGUUUGUGAAAUUACCAUGUGACACACGGGAGCUGGAUGUCUCCCUGACUCGGGGAGGGUUGUGGUCUGCCUCUUCUGCCCCCCUCACCCUGGCUAGGACGUACAAAGACCCCCGCAGGCCGAGCACAUUAAAAAGGCGACGGGGAAGCGAUUGAAAGAGAUAUAAAAAAACAAAACGAAUAUUGCUUCGAACUGCAGUUUGCUGGCGUGCACUUGUUUCGGUGCAGGAAGCCGAUGGCUGGGCGGGGGGAACGGGGGGUUUUGGGGAGGGGGGUGCGGUUGUUCACGUCUUUAUGAACGGAGCUCCUGCAACACAUUUACAGUUUCAGUGGUCUAUUUAAGUUUUUCUAUGUUAUGAAUAUGGUUGUUACUAUUAAUUAGGACUGCUGUCUACAUAAGGGUGCUUCUUGUGAAGGAUGGUUCAACAUGUGUGAAUAUUAUCAGAUCGAGCUUUUUUUUUCUGGAAAUUUCCAUGCACUUUGUUAAAGCCCCGCCUCCAGAUCCUGCCUCCCAUACCCACCACACCCCCCCGCCCCCCGGCCCCCCCUUCGCCAACCACUAACAGCUUUGUAGGAGGCACUUUUCAUGUUUUCUCUCUCACAAAGAUUUGAAGAAGAAAAAAAAAAUAAUGUGCAUAUAUAUAUUUAUUCUGUAAUUUCAGUGAAGACUUUAAUUGUAAAGGUAAUGUUAAAUCAAUGUAUAGUGAUUAUGCGUCUGGUAUAGCCUUCUUAAUAAAAACAAACUCUUUAAUCAAAUGUCACGAGGGUUUAAAACCGCCUCGAAGGGUGUGUGAAACUAUAUUGACGUGUGUGUGUUUCAUUUCUCCGAGAGUGUUAGAGGUUCGAGGGACAUUCAAUGUGGGCCCGGGAGAGUUUCGUAGGAAAAACAUGCAACAAGUCAGCAUUUUUGAUAGUAGUCACUGAUUUUGGGAUUUGCUAUUGCGCUUGUACAACGUGUUACAGUCAGGGGUGCUCAAACUUUGUACAUUAUUUUACACAAGUGCAAUAGGGAAGGGAUUCAAAUGGCCCCCAUUCCUUGGUGGAUCUUACGUGAGAAGAUCCACCAAUGCAGUCUGCUGAAAAUAAUGGAAAGUGCCACUCUACAUAGCAGCUGACGCUGUGGCCACAAAAGACAUUUGAAGAUAUUAAACAAUCUACUGCCAUCUGGACGCAAAGGUGGAUAGUGCACACUCCCCCCCACCCCCACCCCCGCCCCCAAUUUGUCAAGUUUCAUGUGUCGGGUUAAUCAUGACGAAUGGGGCCAUAUGAAUUCCCUUUCUACUGUCUAUAUAUGUUAGACCAGUGGUUCUUAACCUUGUUGGAGGUACCAAACUCCAACAGUUUCAUAUGUGCAUUCACCAAACCCUUCUUUAGAGAAAAACAUGUUUUUUUUUUUUCUUAAUUUAAUCUUAAUUUAUAAAUAUGAAUCAUGAA